AUGUCGAUGAAUUUACUAAAACCUUUCGCUUUGCUACUCAUCGUGUUGGCACAAUUCGAACAUGGUUGUGGUCAACAAACUCUUUGUGGUCCCGCACUGGACAUGGUGCUCAGCACCGUAUGCGAAAAUGGCUUCAAUACCAGAUUCAAGAAGUCAAUGGAAUGGAGUGUUCAAGAUAACGGUGUAAUGGACGACGAGCUGCCCUUCCCUUAUGCGAGCUUCCCUUUCCUGGCGAAGAUUCACGGCGGCCAAGUUGAUACUGUGGCCAAGAGCCGUCGUCGUCGCCAGGGUGUGUAUGACGAAUGUUGCCGCAAGCCCUGCAAAAUGAGCGAGUUGUACUCCUAUUGUAAGUAAAUCUAAGCUCCCUACAAACUAAUAAAUUAUAGCGGAUGUAAGAGGAAUACAAUGGGCUGUGAUU